UCGCGGUCUGAGCGGGGCUUUUAUAACCAAACUUCACGGGUGCCGCCUGGAACUUUAAAUUGUCUUUUGAGUUCGGACACACGUGUUGUUCCACAGCUGUAGUAUGUCUUCACACUUUAUCACAGACUUGGACGCCGAGCUGGGAGAGUUGCUGCAGGAGUUCCAGGAAGUGGCAGAGGAACUGAAGGCUCCUUCCCAAAGUAAACCUCAUGCCUACCAACAUGUCCUGGAGGAGGCUAAAAGUCGCAUGGGGCUGGGAGAUGACAGCGGAGUGGAGGACUCAGACUUCAGCAGCGAAGCAUCUUUGGGAAACAGUCUGAACACCAGCGAGGAGGAGCUUCACACAGCAGGCGUAACGCUGGCACCGAAAGCCAAGCUGGGAGACACGAGGGAACUUGAGAGUUUUAUCAACAUGUUGGACCAGGAACUUGCUGAGAUGUGAAUGAGGAGAAAGAGAGUGAGCUGUAUGGAGGGUGAGGAACAGGCUCCGGGCGACGUGGCUGACUGCUGCCAAGCAGACGGGCUGAUCUACACCAGCACAGAUCAGAGGCAGCAAAUGUUCCUCUGUCUGCUCCAGGGGAAAAGGUUAACAUCGGAAAUUAAAAAAGGCAUUCCAUUCUAAAAUGCAAGAGCACCCUGAAACCCGUGGCAAUGCUGCAGUCCACAAGAUGCAGCAUCAAAUCCAAUAUAUGUGACAUGUAUUCGCAAAACUAGACAAAGCUCCCAUCUGUGCCACCACUUGAGAAAAUGCUGUCUACAGAGAUAUUGAGAAUGUUGAUGCCACGGUGGAAAUUUCCUUGAGUAUUAUAUCAGUAUGGGGCCAGAUGUACUCAGUGCCAUGUUUCUUUUAAAGAGGCUGAUUUUGGUCUAAUUGUAAAUAACAGAUGGGCGAGCACUUUAAUUUAAACUAAACCUCUCUUUGCAUGGUUCAAAUCUUGUAAUAUCAAGCCAUUCAUAAAGUGAGUUUUCAAUGUACAGUGUUUGUUAAUAUUCUAUAGUGAUACAUUUUUGUACAGGUAAUUGCAUAUACUUAUAAAUAAAGCUAAAUUUUCUA